AUGAAGCUUCAAUGGGUCGGCCUCUUCUUAGGGGCUUCCAUUGGGGGAGUCAAUGGUAUGGCCAAAUACAUGCACGAGGCUAUGAGAGGAGAGCGUGUUUCUGGCUAUGGCAAAGCCGACAACCCUUCUACGCUCCCGGAGUUCAAAGAUGAAUCUCCUCCAUACCAAGGCCAUCGAAUCCCCCGUCAAGACUGGACCUUGACAUGCAGUAGCUCCGCUCGCAACUUCCCAUGCAAAUAUGCGAUCGAUGGCAAAAACAAUACUUCCUGGCGCAGUGACCCCUCUGACAAGGGACAUACUUUCAUUGUUGAUCUUGGAGCAUGGUACCAAGUGAGCGCCGUCGUUGUCCUUCCUCCACUUGAUACAAAGUUGGAAGGUCUCAUUACCCACCACAAGAUCUGGGUCAGCGAAGAUCAUGAAACAUGGACAGGGCCUGUCGCAUACGGAAUGUGGCCUAACGUAAACAGACAGCGAAUGUCUGCGUUUGAACCAUCAUCUGCCCGAUACCUGAGAAUCACGACUGAUGCCGACGAUGAAAAUCCCUGGGUCGGUAUCUCUGAACUCAACAUCUAUGGAACUCUAUACACCAUUCCUCGUGACCCCACUCUCGGUGUUUGGGGGCCAACUCUUGAUUUCCCUAUCGUCCCUGUCUCCGGUGCUCAGGAGGGAUCUGGCGUGCUUGCCCUUUGGUCAUCAUGGGCCGAUGACCAAUUCCACUCGACCCCGGGAGGCAAGACCGUUAUGACCCGAUGGGACCCAUUGACUGGUGAGGUCUCUAAGCGCACUGUCAGCGAAACCCACCACGACAUGUUCUGCCCCGGCAUUUCUUAUGACGGCACCGGCAUGAUGGUUGUGACAGGUGGUAAUGACGCCUCAGAGACUAGUCUCUAUGAUUCUGUCAAGAAUGAGUGGGUCCGCGCAACCGAAAUGCAACUCCGUCGUGGAUACCAGGCGUCUACAACUCUCUCUGAUGGACGAGUCUUCGUCAUUGGAGGUUCAUGGGCUGGAGCUUCGAACGUUGAUAAAGAUGCUGAAGUGUACGACCCUGCUACACGGAACUGGACUAUGCUCCCCGAAGCCAAAGUCAGCGCGAUGUUGACCGAGGAUAUGGAAGGUCCUUGGCGAGCGGACAACCAUGGCUGGCUCUUCGGCUGGAAGGAUCAGAGUGUCUUCCAAGCUGGGCCUAGCAAACAGAUGAACUGGUACUCCGCUCGCGACAAUGGAAGUGUUACGGCGGCAGGACGCCGUAUGGAGGACGAGGAUUCCAUGUCUGGUAAUGCAAUCAUGUUCGAUGCCGUGAAGGGAAAGAUCCUUACCCUCGGUGGCUCUCCUGACUAUGAUAAAUCGUGGGCCACCGAUGCCGCCCAUAUUAUCACGAUCGGUGAACCGGGUGAGCCACCGAAGGUUGAACCGGCCGGAAGAGAAGGCGCUAUGCACCAUGAGCGUGUGUUCCACACUACGGUCGUUCUCCCCGAUGGGAAGGUCGCUAUCUUCGGUGGCCAGAAGUUUGGCGUUGCCUUCAACGAGGAGAACGUCCAAUUUGUUCCGGAACUUUACGACCCUGAAACCAACUCUUUCCAGAAGCUCCAGCAGAACAAUAUUGUCAGAGUGUAUCACACUGUGUCAAUCCUUCUCCCAGAUGCUCGGGUACUCAAUGCGGGCGGUGGUCUCUGUGGUAAUUGCACAGCCAACCACUAUGAUGGCCAGAUUUUCACUCCUCCCUACCUCCUUACUGCUUCGGGACAGCCCCGGCCCCGUCCUGAGAUUAUCUCGGGUCUGCAAGAUAAAGCCUUGGUGGGUAGCACCUUGAGAUUCAAAACCUCCGGUCCUAUCUGGACAGCUUCUCUGAUCCGUCUGGGCACCAACACCCAUACUGUCAACACCGAUCAACGCCGUAUUCCACUUGAUGUCACCGCUACAACAUUCUUCGGCAAUAACUGGAAAGUUACCCUGCCAAAAGACUCCGGUAUCCUAAUCCCUGGAUACUGGAUGCUAUUCGUUAUGGAUCGGGAUGGCGUGCCUAGCAUCGCAAAGAUCAUGAUGAUUACCCUGGACAACAGGGAAACCAUCGAGACUGCAGAGUAUCCACUAGGCAGGCUUGAGGAACAGAACUCUAUUGGGUCAUCGUUUAUGAGGAUCGAGUUGAUGAAGAGAAACAUCUACCCAGUAAAUAUUAAGUUGGACCAUAUUCCUCCCUUACAGCUACUCGCCUUCGACGGCGACGAUGGUAUCAACAAGACUGGACAAAAUGAGCUUGAUAUAUUGGAGAGUCUUGAACAAACUACUCGGGAAGCAUACGAUACAUGCAUCCGCAAGAGAUGGAAACUUACCAUCCCAAGAAAAGGGAAGAAGAUUAUCAUUCGUGACCUACUCAGCAAAGUCGCGCGCUGGAUUGAUCUAUUCAAAUCAGUGGGCGAUCAAGUUGUGCAGUUUGACCCGGUCCACACUGCCUUACCAUGGGCUGGAGCUCGAUUUUUGCUGCAGAUUGCUAUCGCCGAUUUCAACAAAUUCGAUUUUGUCGUGCAAGGCGCCGAAAGAAUCGCUAAAAUGACAGCGCGAUAUAGGAUCAUCGAGCAGAUUUACGUCCAAAAAGGUUCAGCUGCCUCUGAUCAGCUUGAACAGGCGAUUAUGAGCGUGUACGGUUCGAUCCUCAAAUACCUUGUCGAAGCCAAGCGCUAUUUCGAAGAUAAAACUGGAGGUGGGCGCCUAUUUCCAAGUUCAAUUGUAGCUGGGGAAAGCUCACAGCAUCUAGUGCGACUCUUAAAAAGUGGGCUUCUUGGCCAGAAUGAUUUCGAGGAACUUCUGGACAAAAUGGAAGCGGAAGAGAGAUUGGUAGACCGAUGCGUGAGCUUGAUUCAGGGUCAGGUGAAUAAUGACAUUGCCUCUCAUCUUUCAACCUUGUCAUUAGAGAUGAAGGCCUUUCAUUCACUUCGAGAUACGCUCAGUCGUAUGGAGCAGCCAAUUUCACAGGUGUUCUUACACUUGAACAAGGUUGAAGAUCAUUUGAACGGUAUACAGCGACGACAGAUGUUGGACUGGUUAUCUUCCCAGCCAUAUUUUGACCACCACACAUCGAUCAAAUCUAGAGUCCUGGAUGGAACAUGCCAAUGGGUCUUGCAACAUGCAAGUUUCACUGAAUGGAAAUCCGAAAGUACAAACUCGCUGCUCUGGCUUCAUGGUGCCCAGGGUGCGGGCAAAAGCUGCUUGGCAUCAAUGGUCGUUGAGGAUGGCAUGAAUGUCUCCAGCAAGAUUGAAGACUUCGCCAAUGCCUACUUUUACUGUUCUCGCAACACUGCCGAGCCCCAGCGUGCAAAUGUGCAAAGUAUUCUCGGAUGCAUUGCACGUCAGCUUUCCAGUCCUUCUUCAAGCCAGCCCCUUGCUCCCCCAACUGUUUCUCUUUACAGAAGAAUGCAUCUGGCAGAUGGUUCCACGGGAGUUCCUAGUCUGUAUCAAUGCCGUGAUUUAAUUAUUGAACUGAGUGAAUCCCAUUCCCGGACCACUAUUGUGGUAGACGCUCUGGAUGAGUGUAAUAGGGAGGAGCGAGCAGAACUCGUCGAGGCACUGGAAUAUAUCAUCGACAAUUCGACUAGUCUCAUCAAGAUCUUUGUCACUUCACGCGAAGAAGGUGACUUGAAGUUAUCUAUCCAGGCACAUUCCGGGGUUCAGGUGACGUGGGUAGAGAAUGGGUCCGAUAUCGAGAAGUUUGUGGAUUUUGAAACAGACAGGCUAGUGGCAAAGAACCAGCUACUUCCAUAUAUCCGAGCAAAAGCAGCAAAAGAGGAUCUGAAGGAGUUGAUUAAGGAAGACACCAUAUCUAAGGCUAAUGGAAUGUUCCGUUGGGCCCAGUUGCAGCUGCAAAGUCUUCGUUGGAUUCGUACGGAAAGGGAUAUUCGAUUUGCCAUGUCGAGGAUCCCGCGCCCCCUGAGCGAACUAUACGACGACCUCUACAACAAGGCACUCGAAAGCACCGAAGAAACAGAUCGGGCUUUGUUCCAAAAUACGCUGAAAUGGAUGCUAUGCACCACGCGGGUUUUCGACUGGGAAGACUUUUCUCAAGCCAUCACGAGCUUCGUGGACAUUGAGGUAGACGAUAUCGAUGAAGACUUUAUCUUGGACCUCCUUAGCAAUUUUGUAAUCUCUCAAACAACACAAGAAGGAAAACGGACAUUUCGCUUCGCCCAUCUGUCGGUGCGAGAGUUUUUGGAAAACAGGCCCGAAUACUCCACAGAAUCCAGCAACACCUUUGCCGCGGAGGUAUGCUUGUUGAAAUUGCUUGGAGCGUCCGGGUCACCCAGUGCAAGACACUUCCUCGACAGACUAGGUAUCAAUGAUAAAGGUAUCAUUACUUUCUCUGAAAUCGACUCUUACAGGAAAGGCAUACAUGACUACUCCUUGCGAAAUUGGAAUGAACACUGUGUGCGUGCUGGCGAAGUGAAUCGAGCAAAUGAGGAACUACAUCUUUUUCGCCUCUUGCGCUAUUUUCUCUUUAAUGAUUCGGAUCCGAACUGCCCACUUAAGUGCUGGGUACAUUCUCGUCGGCGUCGCAAACUGGAAGACGAUCGCGGAGCGCAGUUUCUGCGGCUGUUGCAAAAUUACCCUCGAUCUCCGGACCUGGCAUUUGUGCUGUCCUGCGUCUUCGGCUUUGGUGAAAUUCUUCGCAUCGAUCACUAUCAGGAGCUCGAUGAUAACGUCAAAGAAGCAUGUAUUAUGGUGGCCACAGCAUACUGCCAGUAUGAUAUCUUGAAGUAUUUGAUGGGAGAAACAAAAGACCGGUUACUGCAAAAGUGCAUUCUUGAGGCUAUAAUCGAAGGCAACGACAUUGAGACGCUCAAGUGGUUCUUGACUCUUAUCGAGCCUGACCUAAUUACCGGAUCAGUCAUUGCAAAUACGUAUCGGGCAGAUAAAGAAAUAAUUGAGCUCUUGCUUGAUCAUAAUAAAAGUCUCUAUAUCACGACCGACCUCAUUGAGGAGUGCGAGCUUUCUUACUCGGCAAUUGAAGGACUUCUCAGCCGAGCCCCCGAGGUCUUAAUCACCCCUGUGAUACUAAAUAAUGCCAUAGAGGACAUACCCAUUGAGCUUCUGAGAGAAAUUCUUGAUAAAAAUGAUGAAUCAAUCAUUACAAGUGAUACUAUCGGAACGGCUAGCUCUUGUGCUGGUUACAAAGAAGGGAUGCAAGGCAAAAUAGAGCUUUUGCUAGAACGCGCCAGACAGACAAAAGGGACCGAGAGGGCUAUGAUGCGAGCUAUUGAAGGUAACGGAAAUUCUGAGGUGAUUCAGAUUCUUCUUGAUCAUGGUUGGCCGGUGACAGAAAAGGUUAUGGUACACGCUGCAAAAGAGGGAAUGGCUGCUCCUUUCCAGCUUCUGCUCAAGGCUGGAGGCGUAAUUACGUCCGACGUCAUUAUCUGCGGAGCAAGGAAUGCUUAUGAUGGAUCACAAAUGGUUAAGCUCCUUGUGUCCCGGAUGAACCGACCAUUGGACGAUGAAUUAUGGGUCAAGAUGAUGCUGCAAUGCGCUCAGAUUCCAUGGGGGAAUUCGGAAACUCUUCAGACGCUCCUCGGAAUGAAACCUGACCUUCAGAUUUCAGAAGAGGUUCUAAUUGCUUUCAUGGAAAAUCCGUACAAAGGGAACAGCAAUCUGGAUGUCAUUCUGGAGGACAGCCGAGAGAUUCAGGUUACAGGUGCAGUGAUUGUUAAUGCAUUGAAAAAUUUGGAUUAUGACAAACCCAUAUUCAAACUUCUCAAUCGAUACGGUUCGACGAAUGUUUCGAGCCAGAUGCUACUUGGAGCUGCUCAGAACAUUCAAUUCGGAGAUGAAAUGACAAAGUUUCUAUUACAGUCAAAUGGAACUAUCGAGGAACCAUCCUCGAUGGUUGUCGACGCAGUCAUCAGUAAUUUGAUAUCAGGCUAUGCAACCCUGCAGAUUCUGGAGAACCAUUUCGGACAGCUUGAUCUCUGUGAGGCGCAUGUGCAAACCGCGGCUGAGUCCGGCAACCAUUCCUUGCUGACCUUGGUAUUGGAUCGAUGUUUGAUCACCGAGGCCACGCCACCUGUUUUAUUAGCCGCCGCAGCCAAAGGGAGCUUGGAGAUGAUGAAACAUCUUUUGAGACUAGACAACGUUGUUGUUACCGAAGAGGUUCUGAUUGCGGCAUCAAGAAAUUUCGACUGUAGCGUUGACAUGCUCAAGGUGCUUUGGAACUUCGCCCCGCAUAUCAAAGUUUGUCCUGAGAUGUUUUUGAAGAUUGAAGGUUCAUUUCUUUACUCCAGGUCCACGAUCGUUGGGUUUCUUUUUUCCCGGGUUAAAGAUCCCAAAUUGUGCCAGGAUAUUCUGAACGCAGUGAUGACCGCAAAAGAGAGUCCAAAUAAUCGUCGCAAUUCGGCAUCUGUGUCUGUUCUAAGUUGCAUCCUGGAGAGCGAGUUUGAUAUUGAAGUGACAGAUGAACUGGUGAUUGAUGCCUUAAAAGCAGGCCAGGGAUGGCUUUUGAGGACUUUCUUUGCCCACCAGAUGGAUCUCGAACUGUCGCAGGAUAUGGUAAACACGGCAGUUGAAUUAGAGGACUACCAAGCCCUAGAAGUGUUGGUCCGACAUGGGAACUCGCGUGGGUUGGACCUGCAGGGCGCCAGAUUUAUCCUCAAUAAUUCAACGCCGCCGCCAUGGAGAUUUUUUGAGGAGUGA